AGGUGGUGCCCUCUGGCAGUUGGGCCAGGCAAUAAAUAUGUUGACGCGAAACAUGAGUCGCUCUGGGUCAGUGCCCCUUUUUAACCAUUAGGCUCCCCCCAUCGCCCAGGUACAGCUGUUUCGGGUCAUAUAUAUUUGCCAACAGCACAUUUCACUAUUCUAGUGAUCAAAUAUUAAACACGAUAUGGUUGCCAAACUGUUAUUCGAGAGUUGGGAAAUAAAAAGAACCUAAUAAUAUAUUAUGAACCUUACCGGUUAAUAGUUAUGUUAAUAAUAUUGACUUUUGUGUUUUGUAUGCACCGGAUAUUGAAAAAAUAAAUAUGUUUUAAUUACACCUAGCCAAUAACUUUAAUGAAAUAUUCUGUGGUCUACGAGUUGCUCUCUGUUCAGUUGGAGGUAGUGACUGGCGUUGUGCGUUCUGGGAUACACGUCUGCAUCAAAGAUGGCUUCAGAGAGGCUGAUGAACUGUCGCUUCAAGAGACCCAAUGCCCACGUUAGGCUGAUCUGUCUACCCUGGGGAGGUGGGGGAUCAAUCUUCUAUGCCGGUUGGGGCAGAUUAAUGUCCGAAAAUAUAGAAGUGGUUGGCGUUACCCUCCCUGGUAGGGAGUCCCGAAUUGAUGAGAAAUGCUGUGAUGACCUUGAAAAAAUAAUCACAGACAUAAUGGAUACUAUAAAAAGCCGGUACAUGGAUAAGCCAUUCAUAUUGUUUGGACACAGCAUGGGCAGCCUGUUGGCAUAUGAGCUGGCAUGUCGACUAAAAUCCCAGACCGGACAGGAACCAAUGAAGAUGUACCUGUCUGGAAUAUCAGCACCACAUUCUCCCACGAGGCAGAGGUUAAACAUUGACCAUAACGCAACGGACCAACAGUUCAUCGAGGCGCUGGGUAGCUUAGGUGGAACACCCAAGGAAGUGCUGGAGAAUGAAGAAAUCAUGAAGUUAAUUUUACCAACUUUACGGUCAGAUAAUACAAUGUUAGACAAAUUUCACUUCACCCCCAGCGAUGGCCCACCACCUUUUACCUGUCCCAUUUCAUUCUUUGAUGGGAAAGACGAUGCCAAACACGACACAGAAGCUUGGAGACGUUUGACCACUGGACUAUUCACGCUGACCAUGAUGCCCGGUGGCCAUUUUUAUCUCCACGAUCCAAGCAAUAUGCGCAAUAUUAUCAAUCACAUCAACAGGGAUUUUGCAUGAGGAAACAGCGCGACAAGAGUUAUCUCCCUUACACCGCCAAACCGGACGUCGAGGUGACUUCAGAAAGAAGUGAGCCACCAAGCCACCGCUAUAAAGUGUCAGAAUGAAUUAACUGGCAAGAAGCAGAUAAAGGAUGUAUUCAUUACUUAACCGAGAGAGAUACUAAACCCUAUUAACCAUUAUAUGAGCAAACAGUGUUUUUCCAUGGUGUUUUCAAUCACGAAACUGUGCAGCCAAUAAUUGUUGUAACACUAAAUAUAAUUUACAAGUGAUCAAAUCAACAAUAACCGACGUUUGUUCCGCACAUAUUUACAACGUUAAAGCAGUCGUGGCGUAGCGUUGCCAUGGGAAUACUGACGGCCCAACAUGCCAGCACAGAUCACUGUUCAGCAUCAAACGACACAGCGUCAUUUAUUUUAUCACUUCUUUAAUAAAGUUACUCUGAGGAACGGUUUAUUUAUUGGUUUGGCAUUUACUGGUGUCGUUAUGACGGAAUGCUGAUAAGAUGUAAUGCCUUGAAAUGUGUGAUAUUGACAUUAAAGUCAUUUAUGGCAACC